CAAUGGGCACGCUCGGGGGAGCCGGGCUGGCGGCGGCGGUGGCGGCCAGCCGGGCGCGCACUCUCGGGAUGGAGGGCGAGCGCCGGGCAUCUCAGGCGCGCUCCUCGGGCCUCCCGGCCGGGGGUGCCGACGGGGAGAGCCCGGGGGGCAGCGCCCCCUUCCCGGGCAGCAGCGGCUCUUCCGCGCUGUUGCAGGCGGAGGUGCUGGAUCUGGACGAGGACGAGGACGACCUGGAGGUGUUCAGCAAGGAUGCCUCAUUGAUGGACAUGAACUCCUUCAGCCCUAUGAUGCCAACGUCCCCUUUAUCAAUGAUAAACCAAAUCAAGUUUGAGGAUGAACCAGAUUUAAAGGAUCUCUUCAUCACAGUUGAUGAACCUGAAAGUCACGUUACUACAAUAGAAACUUUCAUUACCUAUAGGAUUAUUACUAAGACGUCUCGUGGGGAAUUUGACUCCAGUGAAUUUGAAGUUAGGAGACGGUAUCAAGAUUUCCUUUGGUUGAAGGGAAAACUGGAAGAAGCACACCCCACUCUGAUUAUUCCACCAUUGCCAGAAAAGUUUAUAGUAAAAGGAAUGGUGGAACGCUUUAAUGAUGACUUCAUUGAGACACGCAGGAAGGCUUUACAUAAAUUUUUGAACCGAAUUGCUGAUCAUCCAACUUUAACAUUUAAUGAAGACUUCAAAAUUUUUCUCACUGCACAAGCUUGGGAACUCUCUUCUCACAAGAAGCAAGGUCCCGGAUUGCUAAGCAGGAUGGGGCAAACAGUCAGAGCUGUUGCAUCCUCAAUGAGAGGAGUUAAAAACCGCCCAGAGGAGUUCAUGGAAAUGAAUAACUUUAUUGAACUAUUUAGCCAGAAAAUAAAUUUGAUAGAUAAAAUAUCUCAGAGAAUUUAUAAGGAAGAAAGGGAAUAUUUUGAUGAAAUGAAAGAAUAUGGCCCAAUUCAUAUUCUGUGGUCAGCGUCAGAAGAGGAUCUGGUUGAUACUCUAAAGGAUGUUGCCGGCUGCAUUGACAGAUGCUGUAAGGCCACUGAAAAGCGGAUGUCUGGACUCUCAGAGGCCCUGCUUCCUGUUGUACAUGAGUACGUGCUUUAUAGUGAAAUGUUAAUGGGUGUUAUGAAAAGAAGAGACCAAAUACAAGCAGAACUGGAUUCCAAAGUUGAAGCUUUGACUUAUAAAAAGACAGACACUGAUCUGCUUCCAGAGGAGAUUGGAAAACUUGAAGAUAAAGUGGAAUGCGCUAAUAAUGCCCUGAAAGCAGAUUGGGAAAGAUGGAAACAAAAUAUGCAAAAUGACAUCAAGUUAGCAUUUACAGAUAUGGCUGAGGAGAAUAUCAAUUAUUAUGAACAGUGCCUUGCUACGUGGGAAUCAUUCCUUACAUCACAGACCAACCUCCACUUGGAAGAAACCUCUGAAGAUAAACCUUAAUCCCAUUGAGGACUUCUGUUUGAUCUUUGGGAGACAGCAUUUAUUAACCAAAGUUAUUCUUUCUGGAUCUGCCAUGUCCCUUAUAAAGUGGAUGAAAAAUGUUUUGUACUAUCUGGAAAACCAACAACUUGAAACCUCAGGUAUUCCAGGUCACUGACAUGAAUUUGAAAAUAUAUCUAUCUGUAUGGAUAUAUAUCUAUAUGUAUAUAGAUAUAGAAAUACAGAGAGAGAUCUGGCUUGGUUUUAAUUAUGUUCUUAAAUUUGUGUGCCAAUAAUUGCAUAUAGAUUUUUUUUCUUAAAUAUUUGACUGUGGAACAUGCCAUUUUAAAUAUGUUGUAAGGACUGUUUUAAUAAAAAGUUUAGUAUGAA